GGUGAGGUCCCAUUAAUAUGGAGCAGGAAUGUAAAUCGAAACCUGUUACCGACCUAACUUAAACCCCACCUACGUUGAACACGUAACUCGUUUUGACUUUUAAUUUUUCUUUUUUGUUUUUGAUUUCUGUAUUAUAACUCUAUAUAAAAUAUAAUAGAAAAGAUCUCACUAAACCCAGCUUCUUUAACCAUUUCUUGUUUUUCUUGACUUGGCUUUCCUUUUUUCUUUUUCUGUUUUCGUUAUUGUUAUUCUUUAUUAUUAAGUUUCAUAGAAUCGAAACCAUGGAUGCCACAUCGUUCUGUGCUUCGCUUCCUCAUCAUAAAUCGUCAUUGCUUCAGUCUCGGUCUAUCACCUCUGUCUCUUGUAAUUCAUCUGGAAAAUCACAAUAUCAUGCUAAACAAUCUUCACUGGCAUUUUCAUUUUCAAGUUCCAGUUCAAUUGAGAAAAGUGUUGCCAUUGAUGGGGCAUCAAAUCUGCUCAGUCCAGCUCAAAAAAGAGAUUCAGUUGGCCAAAUAUUUUGCACAGCCUCCACUGGGGGAUGGCCAAUUAGUGAGGGUUUUGUUGAAUCUCAUUUACAUGCCACAGAAGAAAAGGUUGGUGUGCUGCUUUUGAAUCUUGGAGGGCCAGAAACACUUAAUGAUGUUCAACCAUUUUUGUUCAAUUUGUUUGCAGAUCCGGAUAUUAUAAGACUUCCAAGAUUGUUUCAAUUUCUUCAACGACCUUUAGCUCAAUUAAUUUCCAUGCUUCGUGCUCCUAAGAGUAAAGAAGGGUAUGCUGCCAUAGGAGGUGGCUCACCUCUGCGUAAAAUAACAGAUGAGCAGGCACAUGCAAUCAAAAUGGCCUUGGAAGCAAAGGGCAUGUCUGCAAAUGUCUAUGUUGGAAUGCGGUAUUGGUACCCAUUCACUGAGGAGGCAAUUCAUCAGAUUAAAAAGGAUAGGAUAACCAAGCUUGUUGUGCUGCCACUUUAUCCACAAUUCUCCAUCUCCACAACUGGGUCAAGCCUCCGUGUUCUUGAAAAUAUGUUCAGGGAAGAUGGAUAUCUGUCAAGAUUGCCUGUUUGUAUUAUUCAGUCUUGGUAUCAAAGAGAAGGUUAUGUCAAGUCUAUGGCUGACUUGAUUGGAACCGAGCUAAAGAAAUUUUCUAAUCCCAAAGAGGUCAUGAUAUUCUUCAGUGCGCAUGGAGUGCCGUUGAGUUAUGUGGAGGAAGCAGGAGACCCAUACAAAGAUCAGAUGGAAGAGUGUAUCUACUUGAUCAUGCAGGAACUAAAAGCUAGAGGAUUUGACAAUGAUCAUACUCUUGCUUAUCAGAGUCGAGUUGGACCAGUGCAAUGGCUGAAGCCCUACACCGAUGAGGUUCUGGUUGAGCUUGGCCGCAAAGGUGUGAAAAGUCUCCUAGCUGUCCCAGUAAGCUUUGUGAGUGAGCACAUAGAGACGCUUGAAGAGAUUGACAUGGAGUACAAGGAAUUGGCUCUUGAAUCUGGCAUUGAAAAUUGGGGCCGAGUUCCUGCGCUAGGUUGCACCUCAUCCUUCAUCACAGAUCUGGCAGAUGCAGUGAUAGAAGCCCUACCUUCAGCAAAAGCCAUUUCAACUUCAAAGAGCACCUCUGAGGAAGCUGAUUACGACCCCUUCAGAUAUGCAAUCAAAUUGUUCUUUGGUUCAAUCUUAGCCUUUAUUUUGCUUUUAUCUCCAAAAAUGAUUUUUGCAUUCAGGAAUAAUGUCCUUUGAAGAAGGCUGUGAAAACUACCUCAGGUUUCAUAUAGGAUACUCUUUUCAGAUAAUAGAAAACGGUCAGGAUUGGCCAAGUGAGAGAAAGCUUUACCAGGGAUGCUCUUUGUAAUUUUACUCUGUGUUUGAAUGUAUACGAGGCAACAAGAAAUCAUAAUUUUGAGAUUUUCUUUUCCUGCCUUGUUUGCAAAUUGCCUUAAAUUCUUUGUGAACCUUUUGGUGAUUUUUAUAUUUAGUUUCUUUUUGUUCA